AGUAAAUUUUAUCCUGAAGUAAUCCGCGUUGUAAAGAACGUGACUUUUGCAAAACUCUUCCAACUUUUAAUUACAUUUAGAUUUUGAAAAGGUGCGUCCAUAGAGAACGUCAUUCACGUAUUUUACGCUUUGAUUACACUUUCCUUUUAAAUGAGCAAUGCGUUUGUUCCCGUGAAAAGACGAAGCGGCUGUUUCUCUGUGACAGAACUCGUUGCUCCUUUCAAUGCCACGGCAUGUUUCUUGACUAAUCUCUUCUUUGAGAAGUAAACACGAGGAUUUGAACACUUCAAAAUGGGUGCCAUUGUUUCUCAUCGAAAAGAAGCUCGAAGAAUAACAAGGGUGGAACAGAAAGCAAUGUAAGUUUUAUUUCAUUUAACACGUAUUUGAUUGUGUACUGACAUGUACCUAGUUUGCAUAUUUACAAACUAUAAAGUGACACACAGCGAGACUGUUAUGUAUACAUUUAAGAACUUCCACAGUGAGACAGAACAUUUCAGUUAGUAAGUUGUACCUCAUUUAUUCUUUUAAAUUCAUGACAGAGCGGUCAAUGCUUUUUCUACAACCAUAAAAACAGAUGAACAGUCAAAAGAAGAGGAGAAAGGUAUAGGCAAGUCUUAACAGUACUAGACAAAGCGAUCUAUUCAUAAAAUCCCCAAUUGUGUUUGCGUAAAACGUGUAAGAGAUUAGCCCUGUUUGAUAAUCCUGGGUUUUCAGGCCAAUAUGUCAGUUUAUGUUUGCGACAAUCAUGUAAACAACGACUUAAAUUGGAGUGUCCAAACUGGAUUCUUGUGAAUCUAUCUGUUGAUUGAUAAAUAGAGGCUUCAAAUUUUCUUGCAAAUUGUCCAGCAAUUUUUCCUGGGGUUAAUGUCACUAUCUGCUCUUUGAAAACCCCAUGAAAAGUCACGCAACUAAAUAGCACAUGUAGUCAAAAUAAACAAACAACAGGAUAGUGUAAUAAGAACGACCACAACCCUGUGGCAGGUUAAACUAGCAACGUCGGGUUAUGCCACAAAUGAAACAAAGCCUCACGUGGGAGAGCAUUAGACAGGCACGCAAUAGAUUAAGAUACUUUUAGCCAAGAAAGGCUUCUGUUAAUAGCUAUAACAAUAGAGUUCAUUCAUAGAAUGAAUCACAAAAUUACAGAAAACAAUCAAGAUUUAAUGUCGGGCAGACUUACUCAGCCUACCCCUUAGGCAUUCUGUUCCGUUAUUAAUUGCAUUAACUAUGUGUUAAAUGUGUUAAAUAUAUGGUGAGAUAAGUGUUUUAUUCACAUAAUUUUGUAGCUGCAACACCUGUCCAGCAGCCAGCACAUGAAGGAAGCCCUGCAACAGCUCGGAGCAGAACUCCAAGCAUUGCUGUGGCAUCUUGGGGUGAAGGGAUUGUUGGCACAUCAUCACAUGCCCUUCAUAGUAAGGGUGUGGUAUCAUCAAGGGGUGUACAACAUGAGGUCAAAUCAAGCAAGGACAUGUACCCUAUGCAGAAGCCCAAAACACCUGAUCCAAACAAGAACAGUGAACUUGAUACAAGUUUCGCAAGAGUCCGUCCAAUAACACCACAAUCAAGGACAGAAAAAGCAGCUGUUACCAUUCAAAGGUACACCAUAUAUUCCUAAUCAAACCCAGUCCACUCAACUCUUAGCGGGUAGCAUUUGUGAGUUAACUAUUCUCUCUAUAGCGGGGGGUGGGGGGGAUCUGAAGGGAAGUUUUUGGGUCACAGAAUUUAGUUUUAGCGGGAUAUGAUUAAACUGCAAAACAUUUUUGGAAUUAAAAUGGCUAAUCAAUAACGCAUUAAAUUUUGCUUCUAUUCAUUCUUAUUACAGGGAAAAUAUGUUGUUAACAAAAUCAUGCCAUCAAAUCUGUUGUAGGCCAUUAGUGUUAUUUAAAUAUUCUGGCUUUAAUUCUCAUUUAAAGACAUACUUCCAGUAAGGAAAAGAUAGCACUCAUCGCACAACAUAGAAAAGUUAACGUACAAGUGUAACAUUAUGAUGUUGGUUUAAUUAUGUAAGUCUGAUUCUGUUAUAGACAUAUCAGAGGGUAUCAGUCCAGGAAGCGUCUUGAACAAGAGCAACAGUCAGCUAAAAUUAUUCAACGGUAUUAUUUUGCUUUUCUACAUACAGUAUCUCAACAAUAGAAUAAUACUUUACUCUCGUUUUAAUUGAUUUAGGGCAUUUAUAGACGAAUAGUUUCAGUUCUAAAGCAUAAUGAGAUUAAUUGCAGCAAGCUGAGGACAUAGCCCAAAGAAUUCCAACUUAAACAAAGCUAGGAAUGAGUAGGGAUCUAAUCCAAAUUAUUCAUCUUCUUUGUGGAAAGGCGGGGCGGGGAGAGUAUCAGCCUCAGCACAGGGUGUAUCUGGACAUGAAAAAAAGAUUCUUAUCUUCAUCAUUCCUUAAAGAAUUAACAGCGAGUAUAAGUAAAAAAAUCAAAGCACUUUCCCUUAGGUGAUCCUUGAUGUUGUUAUACAGUACACUCUCUCGCUCAUUGGUUACUUCGAAGUCACACAACAUCUUACAAUGAAACUGUUUCCUAGCAAAGUCUCUGAGUAGGCAACAUUGCAAAAUCUAUGAUGCCAGAGGGUAAUAGUGCACUGUUACCCGUGAAUGUUGACCAAUGACCAUCGUAACUACAGCAAGGAUUAAUGAAUUUUCAGCUUCAAAAUUUCCAGCUACAUACAUGUAACAAAUCGCUUACGAUUUCUUAAUUCACAUUAAUUUUUGUUUCCCUAGCUUAAAUCUCAAUGUUUCCCCUUGGUGAGAAACAAAAUUAAUAUUAUUGUUUCCUGGGGAACCAGUCAUUAAGUGUUUAUUGUUAGGAGCAAAUUGGUGUUUCCUCUUAGGAGUUAAAAAUCAUUUGAAUUGUACACCUGUACAUUACAACCGUUACUACAUUGUUAGCAUUACUUUAAUUCUAGGAGAUACCGAAAGUACCAGAAUACUAAAGAAAAGAGAGAUGACCUUACUCAGCCUUCAGAAACCAUAAAAGAAAAUGAUAAUGAUGGUGAUAGUAGUGAGAAUGAUGAGGACACAAAAAGAAAACAAGAAUACAGAAAGCCUUGGAGAGAAUCGACUGUUGCUGCACCUGUUAUUGACACAGAUGUCAAGAUUGGUGAAGAUUUUUUUCCUAACAUAAUAAUUCAGGCUGCCGACUUUACCAUAAUUAAACUUUUUGAUAUGUUAUUAUUAUAAGUAGCUACUAAAAUCUCAUAAAUCUAACCAAUCUCUAGGUUGCUAUUAGAAUGCACUGCACACAAGCAGCCAGCAUUCAUUUAGACUUCCACUAAGAAUGAAUAGAAUGCAAAGAACGAAAUCGGAUCAGGUGCAUCUGAACUUUCUAUCACUUGUAAUCUCAUCACGCAUUUUUCCACCUUCUAUCGUAUGAAACUUAUGCAAAGCACGGAGUUGGAGCAAGAACAUUAUUUUUUACCUUUGAUUGACCUUGCCUGCACUCCCUAGUAUACAGCUUGUAGGCCUGUACUGUGUGGAACAAUACUAGAUAUGGUCAUAUUGCAUAAAGCGUAGUUAUUGUUUGUUUUUAGUUUUUUGGGGUCAUAAAGGAGUCAUAAGGAGACAAAAGCUUGUGUUGCCUUUGUUUUGAAAACUUAAAUUUGUCUUUGUACAAUUAUUGUACAGUGACAAAUUUAGGUUUUCAACUUAUUUAGCUUUUUACUUUUAUUUUAGACUUGUGCACUGAGCAAAAUUUGCCAUCAACCAAUUUCUGUACUCAUUUUACAGGUGACAAAACAAAAGAAAGCUUUGAUAUGUAUCAAGAAGAUAUCACAGACUUGAAAUGGAAAACAGAGCAACAGGUACAAGCAGACUUUUUUAACAGGAUGACAUCAAAGAAUUGUUAGAAUCUGAUGAUAUUAUCUUAACAUUAACCUAGUGAACGUCAGUUGCUAUUCUCCAUACGUUGUGUUUUCUUGAUUUUCAGUUGGAAAUGACAACCAUGGGAGACAACUAUGUUCCUCCUAGAAUAGUGGUAGGUUGACAUUGGCACUGUUUUUAUCAUCAUCAUGAGACAUCAUCAUCAUUAUUAUUAUUGUUGUUAUUACUUAGUUAAUUAUUUAAUUCUACACCAUGCAUAUUUAUAAUUUGUGUCAAGAAAACUGAGAAUCACUGUUUCCUCCUUAGCCAGUGAGAGCAGACGUCUUUUUUGGACAAAAAAAGAACCGAAAGAGAGUCUGUCUGCUCUUGCAGGCUACUUCCUUCUGCAGCGAGCAUCCCUAGUAAGCAUUGACAGUAUAUAUAAGUUAUGAAGUCACAAUUUUUGUACUAAACGUUUUACAUUGUUACACUACCACUGCUUUUCCACAAAUUAUUGUACAUGCAACUAAUUCUAAUUAUUAUUAAAAAUACAUAUACACUGUAAGUUAAUUACAGUUAAUUUUAAAGGCGAUGGCAAUAAUGACUAGCUGACUAUCAUUAUUUUGUUAAUUCUUUGUCUGGAACCACCAUAUAUACAAGGCGGCCAUGUUGGGGGUCAAUACAAAAGAAUUUUUUCUCGAAGAAAAACUGCUAUUAAAAAUAGGGUUUAGUUCCCAGAGGAGAGAAAUUCUUUUGUUCUUGACCAGCGACAUGGCUGCCAUGUCAUCAUGGCAAACCAGUAAUACAUGAUUUGCUCACUGGGCACACUUGUUAGUUGACUUGUGAUAUUUUCGGGUAAUGUGAGUAAUGUUGCUUUUUAAUAGUAAUGUUAUAUAAAAAUGGCAAUUAAAUUGUUGAAAGGAAAUUUUAAAUGUUAUUAUUCAAGGUUAUUGCAUCAAAUGUGCCAAGAGCAGAUGUGCUUGAGAAGAUUGUCCAAGACGACAUCCUCCAGAUAACUUAUGUAAGUUAAUUAAGUAAAUAAAUUAUAUAUAAAUAAUAAUCUUACAAAGUUAAUGUAAAUUAAUAAUAAUUUCACAAAUUUACAUAGGAAAAAACUCUCUUGUUGAAACUCUCUUUUUUUCCCUCCCAAACAUGGAAAUGAUGACUGAAGAAGUAAAAAAUGAAUCAGCUGAUUAAUUUG